CGAUUUCGUAUUUUUAAUACAUUUUCCCUUAUUCCAGUUCAAUUUUAAACCAGUCUGUAUCUAAGUUAUUUCACAAAUUCAUUGAAUUACGUUACUAUGAAGCGAUUGAAACAGCAUGGCUCAAGAAACACCUAUAGAAUAUCAAAUUAUCAGAGGCCUACCUUUUCCUACUGGACUGAUGUGGAAAAAGGAAAAUAUAGAGCAGGCUUUAGAUUACUGUCCUCGUGAUGGUGAUAUUAUAAUUGCGUCAUAUCCGAAAACUGGAACGACAUGGUUGCAAUACACAGUUUUACAAAUAAUUUCAAAAGGAGAGCUGUUUCCAAGCAUGCAAGAGCUUGAUCGAGUUUGUCCUUUUAUGGAAAUUGCGGGCGUGGCUGCCGUGCAGUCUUUACAGGAACUAAGAAGUUAUAAACACCAUUUCCCAUACAACAUGGUAAAGAAGAACCCCAAGGCGAAGUAUCUUUACAUAUAUCGCAAUCCGGAGGAUACAGUGACAUCUUACUUCCAUUUUCUGAAAAAUCGCGGCAGUUAUAAAUGUGACUUUCAAGAUUUCUUUGAGAGAUUCAUCCGGGGUGAACAAGCUUAUGGGUGUUAUUUUGAUCAUGUAUUAUCUUAUUUUGCAGCGAAGGAAGACAAAAAUAUCCUACUAGUUUCUUAUGAAAAACUGCAAGCUAAUAGAAAAGCAGGUAUUUUAGAAAUUGCAAAAUUUCUUGGGGAGAAUUAUUACAAAUCAAUGAUAGCAGACAAUUCUGUUUUGGAGAAGGUUCUCGAAAAAACCAGUUUUGAUUAUAUGAAAAACCACCUCCGAAUGAUAUUACCAGCACAAGAGAAUGACAGAGAUAAACCACAAGAGAUUACAUUUUUCCGUAAAGGAGUCGUGGGCGAUGGGAAAGAUUUUCUCACAAAUGAGCAAAAACAACGUUUAAGAGCACUUAUGUUAAGCAAAGUGCAAGAUCGUGAUUUGCUGGCAGAAUGGUCAUCUCGAUAAAUCAUUACAUUAAAUUACUAGAAACUCAGAUGGAGUCAAUCUUCCGAUAUUUAAUUAUUCUAAGACAUGACUAUUUCAAAAUAGUCAAUCUAUUUGUAAGUAUGACUGUAACUUCUUUUUUCUUUAUUCACUGACUAAAAAUAGCAGGUUCGGUUUUACAGUUCCUCGAUCUUCAGACAUUAGUAAAAAAACUCAGGCAAUAAGUUUAUCUAAUUUGCAUGCAAUUGAAAAAUGACAUUCUCUGUUCUAAGUAAUUAAAAUCAACAGACAAGGGAAAUUUUUAUUCUCGUCAAAAAAACUAAAGCAAGCAAAAAAUCGAAUUCAUUUAAGCAAACACAAAUCUAGCAAUAAAUAUCAAUCACGUGGAUUAAACGGAAGAAUACAAAAACGCUUCCAAAUUUUGUCUAAUAUUCAAUAGAUCUGUUAAUAACUAUACGCAAAUAUUAUAAGUGGUGAAUAUUAAGUUGUGGCAUAUUCUUGCUAAAUUAUUCUGAAUAGCUAAAUAAUGUAAUGUAUCAGAAGAUCUGGAACUGGAUGAAAAUCCUUAUUAGCUAAGAAAGAAAGAACAUACUAAUGCCAAAACACAUAUCUAAAAUUCUAGAUAAUCAAAUUAAUUUUUCAAGUGUUGAAUUUUAAUAAGAAUAUCAGUAAGAAGUGAUCAUCAUAUAGCAAACUUCCACAAAAACAAACUUUUCUGAGCAGAAACUGUUGUUGAUUUUGUAAUAAAAUUUUCAAUAUAAAUAA